AUGAGGAUUCCCAUUGCUGUGCAGCUUGCGCUGCUGGUAUUGCUGACUGCGGUCUCCGGGGUCGCAGUGCUAGCCAUUGCAACGUGGUUCACCACCUACAACUUUGUAGUGGACGUCGAAUCGCAGGGCCUCGAACUCGUUGCGACCACCAAGGCCAGUCAGAUUGCUUCGAAUUUGGACCUUCUCGAAACAACCUGCAAGACCAUCGCCACACGAAUCCUGAUCCAAUCAGCCUUGAGACGUUACUAUGCGGGAAACACGUCCGACGAGAACUGGAUAAACUCGGUAGCGGACGUGCAAUCUGCUUUAGGUAGCCGUGGAUACUUGGACCUUUACCAGGCCAUCAUCCAUUCAAAGGACGGCAAAGGAGGAAAUCAGGCCUUGUUAAACCAGACCAGCAACAGUGUUCCGAACAUCACUCUUCCAUAUACAUACUCGAACGGGACUUCUGUACGAUUGGGAGAUGAUGGACUAGGCUACCCCCCUUCGCUGUACCCAAAUCUGACUUAUCGUGCCGGGCCAGGCGACAACGACUCAACGGUCGUCUAUUCAUUCCCCGAUUAUACACUUGGAUUGGAUUCAGCACUGCUUCUUGGUCCAUUAAAAGUCAACAACUCCUUCUCUCUGGUGUCAUUGACUUUGCCGAUCGUCAAUAACACUUCAGAUAUAGAAAUCUUGGGCUUCAUAACUAUUGUCGCUAGUGCCGCGAAUCUACAGAGUGUUGUUAGCUCGCGAGAUGGGCUGGGAAAUACCGGCCAGGUUCUCCUCAUUGGACCUUCACGAAGAGCAAACACCUUCGCUUCCAGUGAGCAGCCCGCAACAGCCACAUCUGCUGCUCAUGCUACCGCUCUUAAUGGAGCGCAGGUUCACUAUAUCUUCGAGCCUACCCCUUUGCCCACCCAGGUUAGCCGGCACAGUGGUAUGUCGACCGAUAUGCCGUUUGUCCUUUCUACGUACCCGAUAGCCCUACAAGUCAUGUUGCAAUCAUACGUGAACGUGAACAAAGCCAUCAGUGAUCUGUCAACUCGAAACGAGCGAGGGGCGAAUGUUGCCGUGGGCGCUGUCCGUCCUCAAAACACUCUCGUCCAAUGGAUUCUCCUCGUAGAAGAGGCUCACUCGGAAGCAUUUGCACCAGUUGUCCGGUUACGGAAGAUUAUUAUUGCGUGCGUUUUUGGCACAGCCGGUGCCAUUAUCCUUCUCGUCCCUCUUCUGACCCACUGGGCUGUUGCUCCUAUCCGAAGACUGCGCACAGCAGCCCAGAAAUCCGUCGAGCCCGAUAUUACACUACAUAAUCCCGCCCUGGAGCCACAACGAAUUGAAUCCGAAGUCGACGAUGAACAGGGCGAUACAUUUGACCGAACUGUGGAACAAAUGAAUGAGAAAAGCUCGCCUGGCAUGUGGGUGAAACGCCUACGACGUCCCUUGGGGCGAUUCAACAGUUCCACGAACAUCGGCAAUCCAAAGAAUCCCCGAGGCUUUCAGAUACCGGCCAGGGUCAAAGAAAGAAGACAUUGUGUCACGGAUGAGCUCACGGAGUUGACUAAAACUUACAACGAGAUGUCGGACGAGCUCACAAUUCAGUACAAUCGGCUAGAAGAGCGAGUGGCUGAGCGCACCAGAGAGCUUGAAAAGGCGAAAUUGGCCGCCGAGACCGCCAACGAGAGCAAGACAUUGUUUAUCGCCAACAUAUCUCAUGAGCUCAAAACUCCCCUGAAUGGAAUCCUCGGCAUGUGUGCCGUGUGUAUGGGCGAGGAGGACCUGUCUCGGAUCAAAAAGUCGCUUCAGGUGGUCUAUCAGUCAGGCGAUCUUCUUUUGCACCUCUUGAACGAUUUGCUCACAUUCAGUAAGAAUCAAAUUGACCGGGCUAUCCAGAUCGAGGAAAAAGAAUUCAAGUUGUCUGAUGUUAGAUCGCAACUGGCUAUCAUCUUCCAAAAUCAAGUUCAUGAAAAGCAGAUUGACUUCAGCGUCAACUUUGCUCCUGGUGGAGUGACCGAGCCAAAAGGCACUAUAUGCCACGAACACGGAUUGGAACAGACCUAUACAAGUUUCAGUCCAACACAGCCUGGCAGACUGGCAGACAUGGUCCUCUGGGGUGAUCAACAUCGAAUCCUCCAGGUACUGAUCAAUUUGGUCAGCAACAGUCUCAAAUUUACACCCGAGAAUGGCAAAGUAGAAGUUCGCAUCCGCCUUGUGAAUGAACCUUUGGGACUGGAAACUCAUAUGGCUCCGAAAGACACGCCUCGACGCAACUCACGAAUACGGUCCCAGACUGGCUCUAGUACCAACUCGUCGAUUCAUGGCGCCACGGAUGUGGCCGAUGGUCAAACCAAAGGACAAAGAGUGUCACAGUCCAAUCUUCGCCAGCUGAAAUUUCAAUUCGAAGUCCAAGAUAACGGGCCAGGUAUUCCUGGCCAUCUCCACCGGCGGAUCUUUGAUCCUUUCGUUCAAGGUGACCUAGGAUUGAAUCGGAAAUACGGGGGAACUGGUUUGGGUCUCAGCAUAUGUGCUCAGUUAUCCCGUAUUAUGGGAGGUGACAUUUUGCUAGAGAGUGAAGAAGGGAAAGGUUCUCUUUUUACUUUGAGAAUCCCUUUGGGGUAUGUCAAAGAAUUGGCACCAAGCACACAUGCUUCAAGCAUCCCAGGAUCGCGAACCCCAAGUGUCCUGUCCUUGGAAGACUUUUCUAACGCCGUACGGACACCCUCGAAUCAUGGAUCAGUGAGGAACGAACCCCUGGCGCCUAGAUUUGAAAAGUCAGAAAUUCAACCACGUUUGGUCGGAUUCAGUCAACCGUUUUUCACACCCACUGUCCCAUCGUCUCCUACAUCAGCACCCAGCAAUUUGCCAUCCAAUAAAAGCUCAUCCGACAAGGGCGAUGGCUCGAAACGAAUACGUGUGUUAGUUGCCGAAGAUAACACUGUCAAUCAGGAAGUAGUUCGACGGAUGCUUGCGCUGGAGGAGGUCUAUGAUGUGACAAUUGUUAAAGACGGCCAGGAGGCAUAUGACACUGUCAAAUCAAAUAUGGAGAAGGGAGAUGUGUUUGACUUAAUCUUUAUGGACAUCCAAAUGCCGAUCCUCGAUGGUCUCGAGAGCACCCGACUUAUACGGCAGAUGGGGUACUCUGCACCCAUUGUCGCGUUAAGUGCCUUUGCAGAAGAAAGCAACAUCAAGGACUGCAUGGAUUGCGGGAUGGAUAUGUUCAUGAGUAAACCUAUUCGAAGGCCUGCGUUGAAGCAAGUCCUUAGCAAAUUUUCCACCAUCAUUGAGGAAACUGAAGUUAGCCCUUGA